CCCGCGGGCUCCAGGGCCCAGCACCCGGGCCAGCCCUGGCCGCGGAGGCCUCGCCGGCGGCCCCUGGUCCCGCGCGCCCGGCGUUGGACUUGGCGGCUUCGGCGCCGCGCCCUGCCUGGCCCGCGCCCGGGAGACCCCGCGCGAGAGCGCGGAUGGUUCGUGGUCACCCUCAGCCUCGGCAGAGUUAGUGUCGAGGCCGCAGAAGCCAAGAGGCUGGGAGGAGCGUUCACGGGCGUGACAGCUGUUGUAGCAGACGCGAUGAGAGAGAAACGCGGGCCUAUAUGAAUCCAAUAGCAAUGGCCAGAUCAAGGGGUCCAAUCCAGUCUUCAGGGCCAACAAUCCAGGAUUAUCUGAAUCGGCCAAGACCUACCUGGGAAGAAGUAAAAGAGCAACUAGAAAAGAAAAAGAAAGGCUCCAAGGCUUUGGCUGAAUUUGAAGAAAAAAUGAAUGAGAACUGGAAGAAAGAACUAGAAAAACACAGAGAGAAAUUAUUAAGUGGAAGUGAAAGCUCGUCUAAAAAAAGACAGAGAAAGAAAAAAGAAAAGAAGAAAUCUGGUAGGUAUUCAUCUUCUUCUUCAUCGAGCUCUGAUUCUUCCAGCAGUUCUUCGGAGUCUGAAGAUGAGGAUAAGAAACAAGGAAAAAAAAGAAAGAAAAAGAAGAACCAUUCACAUAAAUCUUCCGAAAGCUCCACGUCGGAAACUGAAUCAGACAGUAAGGACAGUUUAAAAAAGAAAAAGAAAUCAAAGGAUGCAAUGGAGAAAGAAAAGGACAUUAAAGGACUCAGCAAAAAAAGAAAGAUGUAUCCUGAAGAUAAGCCUUUGUCAUCUGAAUCCUUAUCAGAAUCAGAUUACAUUGAGGAGGUACGCGCCAAAAAGAAGAAAAGCAGUGAAGAACAAGAAAAAGCAACAGAAAAGACAAAAAAGAAAAAGAAGCAUAAGAAACACAGUAAGAAGAAGAAAAAGAAGGCUGCAAAUUCAAGUCCUGACUCGCCAUAACAUCAAGAAAAAUCAGGAUCCCUUAUAAGAAAGUGCAAUGUGUAAGGAAAUUUCAACUGUGAAAACUACGGCAUAGUUAACUAAAAUGCAUGAACUUUCUUGUUUUUAGAAUUACUCCUGCAGUAGCCACUCAGAUGCCACUGUGUGAAAGGGCCGUGAUUGUUGCCUGCUGCCUGACACCUCUUUUCUCUCUUCCAGUGCUCGAUAACUCUGGGAGAUAAGACACUGCAGUCGUACCUGGUGGUUAAGAUACUUGGGAAUGAAGCUAACAGUUUUGACUAGAAGUUUCUGGUAAUAAGUCAACAGAAAACACUCUGGAUACAUCUUGUAAGAUGUAAUCAGAAAUGACCAGAUGAUUCUAGUUAAAACUUUUAAAGUAGGGAUUCCAUUGAUACUCCAGAAUCCUUACUCUGUAGAUAAGUGUAUUUUAAUUUUGCCCCUUGUAUACUUUUAUUGACCUGGGGAAGGAGCUUUUAGGGUUGGGAGGGGGGAUUGCUAUCUCUUUAGCUAGCAGAAUAGCGUGCCUUUGGUCCUCCACAUCCUCUUUCUGUGGACACAGUAGCCAUGCUUCAUGGGGCGGUCAGAGCUGCGGACAGCACUCUUGCCCUUUGCUGAGCUCAUCCUGGGACUCUGUUGUAGGCUGCUCUGAGUGAGCCAGAGAAACAGGCCCUUUGCAGCAUGAGAAAGCCCCCAAGUCUCUGGGAUUUACCUCCACUUGAAUAAUAACUGAAUAUUUUUAGCAUUAAAAUGGAUGUCAUUUGAAUUAAUUUUGACUUCACUUUGGCUUUGGAAAGGAAAUAUUUCAAGUAGACACUGGUACUUUUUGAACUUGACAGCUAAAGAUUCUAAAAUGCAUGUUUUAUAUUGCUAAGUUUUAACCAGUCAGGAAAAUUUUAUGUAACCAGUGAUAGUUACUUAUUUUUUGUAUGAAUUUCAUUUAGGCUGCAUUGUGUAGCUUUUGUUAACUUCUUACUCUUGCUUUCUUAAAUUCAUUACUCUGUUUAAUGGCAUACAUGCCAAGAUAUUUAGCAUGUACAAAGCAGGAUUUUCUUUUUUUUUUUUUUAAACGGCUUCAUAUUGAAGCUGAGACUUAACCAUAAACAAGUUGAGUGGCAGGCUGGUAUGCUGUUGUCUUGUUACAUAAAGCUAUUGCCAGAAUCUUAGUAAAUAUAAUGUUUUAAAAGUUUGUUGUCUUUGUAUAUUAAUAACAAAUUAUGACUAGUUAAAUUUAAGUGAUAAUUACAUUAUUGUUCUUCCUGUGUCAUAUUUUACUAAGAUUUUGUGCCUCAUAUCUCCUGCUGAACUGUUUAUUAGGAAUGUUAAAAAGAAUUACGGAUCAUUUUCACUUUACAGUUUUUAUAUAAUCAGGUAACACAAAAUAUAACUUGAUUUACAAUCCUGCCUGUUACAAAGGGUGUGCUGAUUCUAGUGGUACGUGCACAGAACAGUUUGACACAAGAGGCUGAAUAAAUAGCUAUUUUACCUA